AUGAUAUAUGAACGAGGACUUAACAUGGCUUCUCAACUCAAAUCUACUUCAAGAUUAGCUAGUAUAUUGUGGCAAGAUCUGACGUUUGAUGAUAAAGAAAUUUAUCUUAAGAUCGCUGACAUCGCUAAAAAAGUUCAUUCUUGUAUUUGGCCAAAUUAUCGUUACAAGCCAUAUAAGAAGGAUCAAAUUUUGUUGUCUACCUUCCAAUCAGCUGGAACGAACUUGAAGUGCCAAUAUUGUGUUAAGUCUUCUAUUUUUCAACCAGCCAGUUUUAAUAUGAUACAUUAUCCUAUUUCCGAAUCUAUCGAAGUCAGUGCCAUGCCGCGUGAUUAUUUGUAUUCCCCUUCUAAAUUUAUAUCCCCUCUCAAAAAACAACCUAUUAUAUUUCCACCAUUAGAAACAAGACAAAAUACAUUUACAAACCUAAUACAGUAUCUUUGCCUUUUGAGUAUCGGUGGUAGAGAUGGGCAUCAUGCUGCAUGGUGCUUAAUUGUUAUUAUGAAAAAAGCACCAUGCAGUGAUAAGGUGCAUGAUGAUGCCCAUCUCUCGGUG